CUCAUAUCACACACUUCCCUUCACUUAGGUCUUCUCUCCCUUCUCUCUCUCCUUAAUUUUCCUUCCAAGCUUUUCACUAUAGUGUUUAUAGAAAACCAUCUUACUCUAAGAAAUUAUUCAAUGGCAUCAAGCUCAAUGUCCUCAAGAGGCUCUGGCUCCUCCUGGACUGCCAAGCAAAACAAAGCCUUUGAAAAGGCUCUGGCUGUCUACGACAAGGACACUGCUGACCGCUGGUACAAUGUGGCCAAAGCGGUCGGCGGCAAAACACCGGAGGAAGUCAAGAGGCACUAUGAGGUUCUUGUGGAAGAUGUCAAGCAUAUUGAGUCAGGCCAGGUGCCCUUCCCAGAUUACAGGACUACUGGUGGGAACAGCCAUGGCCACCACAUGAGUGAUGAGGAAAAGAGGAUGAGAAACCUCAAGCUUCACUGAAGCAGUACAACUCAGUUUAUCAACUAGUUAAUAAAUAAAGAUGUCAUCAAUCGCUUCAUCUUGAUCACUACAUCACUAGCUAAACGCCAUUUUAAUGUUCAAUGACGCUGUGGCCAUGUUAUAGUUUCAUGUUCAGUAGUUUGAGAAAUCAAAAUCAGUGAUUCUUAUAUGUAUGUACUUUGUACUAGUUGCGGUUUCUUUAAUUUGUUUCUUGCUAUUCUAAGCUUAUGGAUGCAUGUAUGUACCAAAGGCAUACAUGUACGUUGUAAUUCUGUGUAAUAUUCAAGUAGUGGAAUCUUAUUUUAUGUUUUCUA